ACCAGUCCAUGAUAUAGCGGGCGAUUGACGAGCGCGGCAGUUCUCUCGCGAGCCCUGACGAGCGCGCACGCGUCCGCUCCCGCAGCGCUGUCUCCCGCCGCCGGCACGCCGUCACCGCUCCGCCGCACGCUCCCGCCCGUACCCCAUGCAGCCUCGGAGCUGACCCCGGCACCACGUCUGCUCAGACCCCUCGCAACCACGCAGGAUGAUCCCGAGACGGAAACACAACGCGUCGUCCGGCUCCUUGCCGCCGCCCGACGACAAGCACGCCAGCAACGACUACAUCUUAUCAGACGCAGGCCCUCGCGAGGGAUGGCGCUCUGCGCUAAAACGGAAAUUCAACAGAAAGACGCUUCAUAAGCGGUUGCCCGUCACCGCCUGGCUGCCGCAGUACGAUUCUGAAAAAGCGGUCGGCGACCUGAUCGCGGGCAUCACCGUGGGGCUGACGGUGAUCCCGCAGUCGCUGGCGUACUCCAACAUCGCCGGGCUGCCGCCGCAGCACGGGCUGUACGGCUCCUUCCUCGGCUGCUUCAUUUACAUCGUGCUGGGCGGCUGCCGCGCCGUGCCCGCCGGCCCCACCGCCAUCGCGUCCUUGCUGACCUGGCAGAUCGCGGAGGGAGUGCUGGAGAAAGCCGUCCUGCUCACGCUCCUGGCCGGGCUGGUCGAGUUGCUCAUGGGCGUGCUCGGCCUCGGCUUCCUCAUAAACUUCGUGUCCGGCCCGGUGUCGUCGGGCUUCACGUCGGCCGUGGCGCUGAUGAUCGCCACGUCUCAGGUCAAGGACUUGUUCGCCAUCACCGUGACGGGCAGCACGUUUCUGCAGCAGUGGAUCUCCAUCUUCAAGAAUCUUCACGCCGCCGCGCUGUGGGACCCUGUGCUCGGGUUCAUCUGUAUUGCGCUUCUCCUGCUUAUGAGGAAAAUUGGCAUGGUGAAGUUUGGAAGUAAAAACCCCGACGGCCCUAGCACCCGACAGAAAGUUCUAACCAAGUGUAUGUGGAUGGUGGGCACCUGUCGCAACGCCAUCGUCGUGGUCUGCAGCGGCGUGCUCGGCUUCUGGUUCGUGUCCAACCAGGGCGCGGCGCCCUUCCGGCUCAUGGGCAGCAUCCCGUCCGGCGUGCCGAUGCCGCAGCCGCCGCCCCUGAGCUACGUGCGCGCCGACAACUCCACCGCCGACUUCCUGGACAUGAUCUCGGAGCUCGGCUCCGGCAUCAUCGUGAUCCCGCUGAUCGUGCUGCUGGAGGACAUCGCCAUCUGCAAGGCGUUCAGCGACGGCCGCACCAUCGACGCCACGCAGGAGAUGAUCGCGCUGGGCGUGGCGGGGAUCGCCAACUCCUUCAUGCAGGCCUACCCCGGCGGCGGCUCGCUGGCGCGCUCGGUGGUGGCCAACGGCUCCGGAGUGAAGACUACCUUCAACGGACUGUACACGGGUGUUAUGGUGAUCCUGGCGCUGCAAUUCUUCACACAGUACUUCGAGUUCAUCCCGAAGGCGGCGCUGGCGGCUGUCAUCAUUUCCGCCAUUCUUUUCAUGGUCGAGUACAAUGUCAUCAAACCUAUGUGGAGGGCCAAAAAACUAGAUCUGAUCCCGGGCAUCGGCACGUUCGUGCUGUGCCUGACGCUGCCGCUGGAGCUGGGCAUCCUAACGGGCGUGGUGGUGAACAUCAUCUUCAUCCUGUACCACGCGGCGCGUCCCAAGUUCUCGGUGGAGACGCUGCGCUCGGCGGCGGGCGUGGAGUACCUGAUGAUCACGCCCGACCGCUGCCUCAUGUUCCCCAGCGUGGACUACGUGCGGCGCCUCGUCACCAAGUGCGCCGCGUCCGCCUCCGCGCCCGUCGUCAUCGAGUGCACGCACAUCUACAGCGCCGACUACACGGCCGCCAAGAGCAUCGAGCAGCUCACGGCCGACUUCCACGCGCGCCGCCAGCCGCUCUACUUCUACAACGUGAAGCCCAGCGUGUGCUCCAUCUUCGAGGCGGUGGCCAAGCCCGAGCACUUCGUGGUGUUCUACGAGGACGAGGAGCUGGAGCGGCUGCUGGCGGCCGACGAGCGCGUCACGCCGCACAAGCCGCCCGCGCCGCCGCCCGGCCGCGUCUGAAUGCGCUCGGGAUGCUUCUUGCCCCUAGACCAUAUUUUUGAGAUUCGUUUGACAGAGUGAGAUAUUUUAAAAUGAAGAUUAACUUUUCUAUUAGAUUGUUUAUGUAAAUCGAAUUUCAUUACGUCUAUGUCGUUGUGACGAUUUGUAAAUAUUAGAUAUUUUCGUGCGUGCUACUUACCAUCGACGCGAUCGCUCGUCGAUGUAAAACAUCCUUGUUACUUAUAGAGAUUCGUAUAUUUUAGUAGAUAUUUAGAGGGAGAGCUGAUGGCUGUGCGAGCUGUGAUCGGAGGUCGAGGAGCUCCUCGGGCCGGUCUGUGAUUCUAAGGGAUAGUUACGAUAGGUGCUCAUUGCACGACCACACAAUAGCUUCUAUUUUCUCGUAUCUACAUUAAUGUACUUCCGUGAGAACGGCAACUACACCUUGUGAUAGUAUUAUAUUUCGUCAUAGUUAUCGCCCGCGCAGUCACUAUCCGCUUCAUAACAAAAUCAUUUUAUAUAUGCAUAGUCCUUAGUUAUUAAUCCGAAGCAAUUCAAAUCCACACUUGACAGUCUUGACCGCUGAUUCGUACUUCAUGCAGUUCCUUCUUUCUCUUCAGAAAUAGGUAUUGUCGGUGUAUUGGUGCUAAAACUAUUAAUCUGACAAUAAUAUUUCCCAGCCUCACUUUGACAACGCCUCAAUUUUAAUUAAGUUUCUACUUUUGCCGGAAUCAGCGUUAAUCAAAAAUGUUCAAUAGAAAUUCCCGGGUAAACUGACAUAUUAUUUUAGAGUCAGCGACUAGAGGUUCACAAUGUGCCCUAUGUCCUAUAACAUAGGGCACAUUUAAAGAUCAAAAACAAAAACAAAGCCGAUAAGGCGUAGUGUAGUGGUUCACAUGGACCUUGGUUCCAUAACAGAUAUUAUUAUAUUCCAUUCGUUUCCUAUAAGAUAAAUUGGUGUCAAUCAUGAUAAAUCACCGAGCAAUCGGUAGCGGCUGCGCGGUUGUGUUUGCUCGUUUCGAUUUAUUUAGUAUUUAUUUAUAUACGACUAAAGUACAAGUAGUUAGGAUGUUAUUAUAUUUUAUUGAAUUAAGACUAAAGCUUUAAGCAGUGCCGGGUGCAGUCGUCGCUUGCGCACUUAUCAAGAAUGUGACGUCACAUGCGCGCUGGGUCGGACGCCGCGGGCGCGCGUUCGCCCGAGCCGGCACUAGAUUAUCCAUUAUUUUGUGAUCCUUGACUAAUGUUAAAAAAAUGAAGUAAUAAUAUUAUUGAAUAAAUAGAUAUAUUUUGGAACUAAGAAACUAUAGAUAUUAUUUAGCUAUACUAUGAGAGUAUGCAUGGGUUGUGUGUACGUCGAUGAAUGCAUUUAAAGUUCCAAGAACAAAUUAAACUCUAUGAGAGUCGCA